GAUGCAUGGAACUUGUUCUCUUUUAUGAGGAGAUCUAGAUGAUGAUAACACUAGAAAUGUGCCUAUUUGUUUUACAUUAGUCAAUUUAAAAAAAGAAAAUUACAUUUUUAUUUUGUCUGUUUUUAUUUCUCCAUCUAAAUAUAUUGGCUGGGUGUUAAUAGUUUAACAAGUUUUACAUUGUUUACUGUAACCAGUUGUAUAUUGUUUGUUGUCGUCCCUGAAGCGCUCAAUCAUGUUCAGAAAGGAUCCAGAGAAAACUCAACUGGUCACCGAGAAAGGCACCAUGUAUAGCAUCACCAUGGAAAGUGUGUCCACAGAUGAGAUAAUGCAGAUGGAGAAGGACAGAAACAUCAAUCAUUGCCAUGACAACAGCCAGGCUACGGAGGACAGGGAGCGGGAGAAGCAGUUGGCCAGGAAGAGGCUCUAUGUGGUCUCGGCUGUUUGCUUGGUCUUCAUGAUCGGAGAGAUCCUGGGUGGUUACUUUGCGGGGAGUCUGGCGGUGAUGACAGACGCCGCCCACCUGCUGGUAGACUUUGCCAGUUUCAUCAUCAGCCUGGUGUCUCUGUGGCUCUCGUCCAGACCCGCCACACGCACACUCAGCUACGGCUGGCAUCGUGCAGAGAUCCUGGGCGCUCUGCUCUCGGUGGUGACCAUCUGGCUUGUGACAGGUGUGUUGGUCUACCUGGCCGUGCAGCGGCUCAUCAGAGAUAAUUACGAGAUCGAGGGGACCAUCAUGCUCAUUACCUCAGGCUGCGCUGUGCUUGCAAACAUCAUUAUGGCUUUCACCUUGCACCAGUCCGGGCAUGGGCACAGCCACGGGGGCCUCAGUAGCGGGCACAGCCACGGCAACAAUGACAAGGGCAACCACGGUCACAGCCACGUGGUGAGUGAUAGGCACGGGCACAGCGACAAAAGUAACCACUCACACGGUAACGGUAACCAGGAAAACCAUUCCCAUGGAAACGGCGAUUUGGAGCAGCAUGGUGGGGUGGACGUUCAGCAGUAUGAGUUGUCGGAGUCACGACCUCAGGCCAACGCCAGCGUGCGUGCUGCCUUCGUGCACGUGGUGGGAGACCUGCUCCAGAGCAUCAGCGUGCUGGUCAGCGCCAUCAUCAUCUUCUUCAAGCCCGAGUAUAAGAUAGCUGACCCUAUCUGUACGUUCCUGUUUUCCAUAUUUGUCCUGGGAACCACCAUCACCAUUCUGAGAGACAUCCUGAUGGUCCUCAUGGAAGGCACCCCAGCUGGAGUGAAGCACGGUGAGGUGAGGGAUCGGCUGCUGGCAGUGAAGGGGGUGAAGUCUAUCCAUAGCCUCCAUAUCUGGGCCCUGACUAUGAACCAGACGGUGCUGUCAGCACACGUGGCUAUAGAUGACUUAGUGGAUGCCCAGCCAGUUCUAAGGGAGAUGACCCAAACUUGCUUCUCCAACUACAACUUCCAUUCAGUCACCAUACAGCUGGAACAACAGGCCGACCAGAAGCCUGGGUGUAGCCUGUGUGACGACCCCAAAAUAUAGACGUCUGUUUAAGCCCAUGGGAGAGGCCAGGAGCCCAGAGGAAUAAGCUACCAAACCAGGAUUUAGUUGUAACCUGGACAGGCUUUUGGCCAGUGCUUGACUUGGCCAGGAACAUGCUGGAACUGAGUUAUAGCACCUCACAUAUUCUACUGCUUGAGUUCCUGCACCUCUUAGAGAAUAUUGGCUUAAAAUAUUCCGUGGUGUAAAGUACUUAAGUGAAAAUAUUUUUUAAGUACUUAUGUUGUUUUUUGGGGUUAUCUGUACUUUACUUUACUAUUUAUAUGUUUGACAACUUUAAGUUUUACUGCACCACAUUCCUAAAGAAAAUAAUGUACUUCUUAUGUACCUCAGUCGUUGUAUAAUUUCAAAUCCAAAGUGCUGCAGGAGAAACAAAAUGUGUCACUGUCCCAAUACAUGGAGCUCACUGUGACCCAACUGGAGGAUUGUUAAAACAUUGCAGCGUUAUCAUAAAUCCCCUGACACCCAAAAGUUCUUGUUACAUUUUGAAUGCUUAGCAGGAAAGAACAAUUGUCUAAUUCAUGCACUUAUUGAGAGAACAUCCCUGGUCAUCUCUACAGCCUCUGAUCUGGCAGAAUCACUAAACACAAAUGCUUCGUUUGUAACUUAUUUCUAAGUGUUGAACUGUGACCCUGGCCAUCUGUCAAUUAAAAAACCAAGAAAAUCG